AAUAACAAACCAAAAACCGUACGCUCUUCUGUGCGUUGGCUUACGGAAAACGAACUCUACUAUCAGAGUAGCCGUAAUUCCCGAGUUUUGUUCGCUUUUUCCUAAGCCUUGGAUUGGAGAAAGACUCAAGCGAAUGGCAUCGACAAGUUCGAACGUCGAGAAUCUUCAUCCUCAAAUCCUCAAGCAAGUUAUGAAAGAGCUUAGGAGUUUGUCUUGUGAUCCUCCCGAAGGCAUCAAGAUUUUAAGCAACGAUGAAGAUAUAACAGACAUACAAGCAACAAUAGAAGGCCCAGCUGGUACCCCUUACGAAGGAGGACUCUUUCGAGUGAAACUAGUUCUUGGGAAGGAUUUUCCUGCCAGUCCUCCAAAAGGAUUUUUUUCCACCAAAAUAUUUCACCCGAAUGUAGCCAGUAACGGAGAAAUCUGUGUUAACACGCUAAAAAAAGAUUGGAAACCAGAUCUUGGCGUAAAGCAUAUAUUAUUGACUAUAAAAUGUCUUCUUAUUGUUCCAAAUCCUGAAUCUGCAUUAAAUGAAGAAGCUGGCAAGCUGCUCUUAGAAAGAUAUGAUGACUAUUCAAAACGAGCUCAGUGGUGGACAGACAUCCAUGCCAAGACAAAUCACAGUAAUAAAAUGGAGAGUAUGGAAAAAGGAGAAACUUUUGAAGCAACCCAAGGGAUUAAAAGAGCCAGUGACAAGGCACUAGACAAGAAGAAAAAAGACAAGAAGAGAGCUUUAAAAAGACUCUAAUAGUUACUUCAUGUCUCAAUUAUCAAAGUAAUCAUAAUAAUUAUACCAUAUGUCAAGUGUACAGUGUAAAUAUAUUGUGGAGCUGCUCACACAUUUAUACAGAAAGAGAUCACUCCCCACUAAAGUGCGGGUCUGAUAUUUGAAGGGAAUUAAAUUCAACAUUUAAUUUUAGUUUUGAUUUCAUUAAUUGCUGCUGAAAUAAGUCUAACAAAUGGGAUAAAGAUAUUUUCUUCUAUCAGACUGUACUUCUAAGAUACAACAUCUCAGUUUAGUUACACAACAUUUGACUGGUCUAUUCCAUCUUUAUUUAAACCUCACCUCAAGAAAUGUUUCCGCUUUACUUACGAUUCUGGGAUCAACUUUUUAAGUAUAAACACUUUGCCUUUUUUCAGGAUCUGUGUGUUAAUUUUUCUCAGAGUUUCUUGAGUAUUAGUUUUUUAAUUAAGUGGUGUAUCAAGGGAAAGUAACUCAAAUUUCGUAAAAGGACAUUUCUACUUAAAUCAGACAUCCUGGUGUCUCAUUUGUUCUGCAGAAAGACUAAGUCAGUGUAUGUUAUCAUGUAAUUAUAGUAUGUAGAUUUCGUAAUUUGUAGAUGUCAAUGUCACUCCCCUUAAAAAGAUGACUUUAAGUUCGAAGCAUUUGAUGAAGUUAGAGGUGUACCAAUUAUAUGAAUAUCAGCUGCUCUCUGAA